UCGAGUUCCAUAGUGCGGGAAAAAAGGAGGCGAGAGAGACGGCGCUUUUGUUUCUCCGCGUCAUCCCGGCUCAUCCGGCUGACAUUAGGUCUUUCUGAAGCAAGGAUGUAUCCUGCGGGGAUAUGGCCCGAGGCGUUCCCUGAGCCGCCCACCCAGCCCGGGGCGCUGUACCUGGUGCCCGUCUACUCCUACUGUCAAACGUCCUGUGUCUCCUCGCAGAACUUCUUCGUGCAGCCUCCGCCCAGCGACGCCCAGGCCUCGGAGGGGCCGCUGGAGAACUCUAGACAAAUAGGUCCUUCUGAUCAGACCAUCUGUGGCUAUGCGUUCGGUCAGCAUGAACAGUCACCUUACCAAGGUUAUCAUGGUGGCAUAAUGUAUCCGGUAUGCCCCACGGCACAUGGGACAUCUCCCAGCUCGCAAGACGCAACGCACUUCGACCAGAGCGGCUGUUCCCUCAGCGACAUAGCAGAUGACAGGCCCGCGUCUACUCUUCAGGGCAGCUUACAGGAUUCCAAUAGCACUGAUGACACCUUCCAGGGACAAAACGACGCGUCUCGCUCUGGGGAAGGCAGUCUCUCUCCCACGGCCACUGGCAGCUCGGCCUCCGCCUCCGAUGUCAUCUCCAUUACUGCAAGUGCCAUUCCCACCGUCACCGUCUCUAAGGCCUCGGUCGCCGCUUCUCCUCCCGGAAUGGGCAGCGCCACCUCCUCCGACGCCUCCGCUGACAGGCCCGUCGAGACCGACACUCUCUCGCCACAGGACUCUGGGGACAAUUCCGGUUUCGGGGUUUAUGGGUCGGACGGCUGCUGGUAUCCCAUCAAGAGGCCACAGAAAAGCAACAACGGCAGUCAAGGAUUCAAUCCCGCUGCCAUUAUAGAAGCACUGCCAACGCUCCCAGUGGAACACCGAAGGAGCCAUUUCGCUAAAUACGCAGACCCGUUCAUGAGGCCGCCGCCUCCUCCUCCAGGCUGCCGCGGGAAACUCCGGAUGCUGCCGCCAGCACGCAGACGUAUGCCCUUGUACAAUCAUUUUCACCGCCUGGACCUUCCAACCGAGACCUUAGGGCGGCCCAUGUUUCUGCAGUCCUGUCGCACCAAAGACCAACCAUGUGUCGAGGACCUGUGGUCUGAGCACAAGAAGCUCUUAUUCCGACACCUCCCAGACGAGUGGCUGUUGAAGGCCGUCCAUCACGUCUUGCAGCUCAGCGGCUGGACCACGUUCAGUGACUACGCCAAAGUCAGGUUUUACUGCAAGGAAUGCCAGGACGGCUGGACCAGUAUGCACGGCAUGGUGACGUUCUCGUACCAGUGGGACAGGAGCCUGAGGCGCGGCGAAAUCGUCUACCAAAUUUCCGGUCAGAAAUGCGCCUCCUGCAGUCCGGGUCGAUUUGAGUACCCGCUGUGGUAUCCCGAAGAAGCCCAGAAGGUCAUCACUAACCUGUACUACAAGAUCGCCGCCGACGUCUACGGGCUGCAAACCCCCAAGUACAUCCGCUCGAGGCGCCCAGGAACCCCCGUGACUCGCCACAACAUAAAUCUGUGCCAGGGAUGCUCGCUGGGGAGUUGCCGAACUGCGCCUGUGGACAACACCAUGUAGCUUUGUCAAAGUACGUUUUCGCAGCUGAGCUCCCCAAGAAACGAGGUCGUGGAACGCUUCAAAAGGAAGAUUUCUUACCAUUAUGAUUUAGUUAUUAUUCCGCUAUGUUUUUUUUUUUUUUUUAGAUAAUUUUAUUAGCAAAACAGAUUAUGUCUGGUUCUUGAUAUUAACUUGGGACACUCUGAAAUCUCGACUAGAUGCUUCUUUGUUUUACAGUGGUUUAUUUUGUUCUGACGAAUAUUACAUCUUAGGCUAAUUGUGUUAUGCAUAUCUGGUUUAUAAAAUGACAUGGUUUUCUAUGGAAAAUACGGGAUAUUAUUUAAUUUAUCUGUGAUGUUAAAAACCGAGGCUAAGCAUUUUUUUCUGACAAUGCUUAAAGGAUGACUUUGUUACGAGGCAGAAAUACUGCUUACAUCGUUAUUCAUAUUCUUUUUUACGGCUUGCUCUAUUUAUUCUCAUUAGUUUCACAUGACUCGUCCAUACAAUAUAUGGACACAAUAUAUAUGACCUAAUAUACAUAUCAUAUCUUCGCUCAUGGAGACUUUCCAUAUAGUUUUGGAAGAUGUGAAAUUUUAUUGUAGCAUAGUGUUCUAUGUUCAUGUUUUUCAUCACACCACACGCUUUGCAUGUAUUUAGCCUGUUUGGAUUUCAGGUUACGUUGGGUUAACAAAGCCUAGAAAAAAAUUAACGCACAUUUAUUUCAUUCCGUGUUUAGCACUUUUCUGAAUUAGAUGUUGUUUUAUGCAUGUCUGAUGGAAAAAUGUCCUAUGAAACUGUUUGUUUUUGAGAGAGAAUGGGGUUUUGGCUAUUGCUCUGCAUGAGAAUAUAAAGAUUUAUUAUAUUUUUAUAAGGAAACAUUACGAAUGAGAUGUAUAAUAUAUAUAUAUGAAGUAUCCCUGUUAUCAAUUUAGUCUAUUUCCUUUGUCAGAAUAUCCAAAUGACUGUGAAUAAUAAGGAAAGCUUUCUCUCUAUCUACAUCUUUAUCUACAUCCACCAGUAUUACUUUUGAUUGCAAAAGACAAGAUAUCAAAUGAAUGAUUAUUUUCCAAUUGAAUAUCAAUCUAGG